AUGUUGCCAGGUGUGGGUGUGUUUGGGACGGGGCGCACGGUGCGUGUGUUAGUGCCGCUGCUUCAAGCUGAAGGUUUCCCAGUUCAGGCUGUGUGGGGACGGACUCAGGAGGAGGCAGAGUCACUGGCCCAUGAGCUGGACAUACCGUUCUCCACUAGCCAAUCAGAUGAUGUUCUGCUGCAUCCAGAUGUUCACCUUGUCUGUAUUCACACGCCUCCUCCACACACAAGGCAGAUUGCUGUUAAAGCACUAGGGAUAGGGAAAAACGUGAUCAGUGAACAGGCUGCUACGUGGACUGAUGCCUGUAAGAUGGUGACAGCAGCGCGUUAUUACCCACAGCUGAUGAGCAUUAUGGGUAAUGCCCUUCGCUUCCUCCCUGCCUUUGUCCUGAUGAAGCGUCUGCUGGGGGAGGGCUACUGUGGGACGUUACAGGUGUGUGAGGCCCGUGUGUAUGGAGGCUCUUUACUUAGCCAGUCGUAUGGAUGGGCGUGGGAAGAGCUAAUGGGGGGUGGAGGACUGCAUACAGUCGGCUCCUGCAUCAUUGACCUGGUGAGUCACCUGACAGGUGUGCGAGCUGUGCGUGUGCACGGAAUGCUGCGAACCUUUGUACGUCAGGGCGGGACAGGAGGAGGCGGGAUUCGCUCAGUUACUGCAGACGACUAUGCCUGCUUUCAGCUGCUGAUGGGUGGGGGCGUGGUCUGCAGCGUGACGCUAAACUUUAAUCUGCCGGGCGCCAACCUGCAUGAGGUCAUGCUGGUUGGCUCGUCGGGGAGACUGAUUGCCCGGGGAACAGAGCUGUACGGGCAGCGCAGCGGCAUGCAGGAGGAGGAACUACUGCUGAGUGACAGUGGGGCGGGAUCAGAAGCAGGCCCUGCUGUCAGAGGACUUGUAGCCAUGGUGACUCAGCUCCGCCUCUCUUUCCAAGCACAAGAGGAUCGUCGCUCGUGGGCCAGAUCCCCAGUUUCCAUGGCAGCCUCGUUUGAGGACGGGCUUUAUGUACAGACAGUCGUGGAUGCCAUCAAACGGUCCAAUCGCACGGGAGAGUGGGAGAGCGUGGAGGUUAAGACCCAGGAAGUAGACCCUAACCACAACCACCAUAACAUUGCAAAAUAAAACACUAUACGCUUACACAACAAAAAUACACCACCAUACAGCAAU